AUGUCUGUGUGCUGGACAGGGCCUCAGCUUUCCAGGUUUCCGGUCCCCAGACGGCGUCGUCAUCCGAGACAUUCGUCGUCUUCACUUUUCUUUUCCAUCCCUUGCUCAUCCAACUCCCGAGAUAAACUCAUCGGCCAGGUGCAGCAACUGACAACGGCCCCUAUGGAGACGCUCAACGAGCGUCAGUUCGACCGGCUCGAACACGACUUCAUCACGGCCCUUCAUAUCCUCCACUACCACCGUGUUCUCGAUGCGUACGGCCACCUCUCUGUUCGAAAUCCCCUAAUGAGAGAUACCUUCAUAAUGUCCCGCAGCAUGGCCCCUGCCUUGGUCUCCAGCGCUGAUGAUCUGAUAACCCUGACCAUCGACGGGGCCAAGCCGACAGACACGUCAAACCAAAACCAGCUGUUUAGCGAAAGGUUCAUUCACUCGGAAAUUUACAGGCAGUACCCGAGUGUCAACGCCAUUGUGCACAGUCAUUGUCAGGCUGUGUUGCCAUUCACCAUCAAUCGAGUACGACUACGGCCGUGUAUCCACCUCGCUGGUUUCCUCCGUCCUGAAGGAUGCCCUGUAUUUGACACCAGGAAUCAUGAGGGGAUGAGGCUGGGGCCGGCUCACUCCGAAAAUCCACCAGAUGAUGGGAGUGGGAGCAGCGGCUUGCUGGUCAAAGACGAGUUUCUGGGCCGGAAAUUAGCCUACAAGUUUAUCGACACGAAAACAACCGUGGUGCUCAUGAGAGGGCACGGCUUUACUACUGUGGCCUCCAACCUACAAAAUGUCGUCUUCCAGUCGAUAUAUACGGCCCAAAAUGCCGCGGUGCAAAAGGAGGCCAUCAUCAUGCAAAAUGCCGCCAUGGCCGUGGUAGGCACCUUUCCGACCGGUGCAGAUCCAGGUAUUCAUUUUUUGAGCAAAGCAGAAGCCACGGCGGCAUCGGAAAUGUGCGAGGACACCGUCAGGAGACCUUGGGCUCUUUGGCAAAGAGAAGUGGAGGUCUCUCCGCUAUAUCAGAAUAGUGCAUAA